AUGGCGGGUACAAUGGUGAACGGCCACCGCAAAGUUGAAAUGCCAGCACCUCCUGUUGACCCUCUUUCAAGACCACAGACACCUCCGCCUCCCCCGUCCGCUGAGAGUGAACCGCCUCCGCCUCCGCUAGAAGCCAGCUUCGCCCCGCCUCCUCCGCCUACAGAUUCAAGCGUGCCCCCUCCCCCGCCUGAGCCGGUGCCGCCUCCUCCCAGCGACGAACCAGACUCGAAGACAAAUGUCGUCAGGCCGCAACCUCCGAAGAAGAAAGGAUGGGGCGGCUCGACGAAGACGGCCAAGGCGACGCCAUUGAGUGUGGAGGAACUCCUCAAGAAGAAGAGAGAAGCCGAUCUUGCAGCCAGCAAACCAAAGUUCCUCUCUAAGGCGGAGCGUGAAAAGCUCGCUCUGGAGAAGCGGCAGAAGGAGGUCGAGGCGGCCUCUGCUCAGAAACAACAGAACGGCGUUUUACGGAACGGCUCCUCUGCAGCGCCGGAACCCCCCAAGCCAAGCUCAGCGCCGACGGGACCAAAGGCUCUGCGUCAUGGAGAUGUGCCUACAGGUCCUGCUGCGAUGCGGUCACGAGAACCCAACAAGGGCGUCGACUUUGUGCCUCCCGCGGCACCCAAAUCAAUCGCUUUUGGUGGUGAUUCCAGAGCACAGAAGCGAGGGGCGGAGGACGACCGGUCUGAAAAGGCAGAAACGGAGAUCAUCCGACAGAGGUAUAUGGGUGCUGACAUGAAUGUGUCGACAUUCUCUGCCCUGAAGAAGCGACGGCGGACGACAGAAAAGAAAUUCAACUUCGAAUGGAAUGCCGAAGAGGACACGACGCCAGACUACAAUCCUAUCUACAACAACCGCGCCGAGGUCAGCUUCUUCGGAAGAGGCCGACUGGGUGGGUUUGAUGAACAAGCGGCUGAUGCGGCAGCACGAAAGUACGCAGAGGCGUUGCAAUCGAGAGACACAGUUGCUGGAGCAGCACGCGCCCAAGAGAUUCUCGAAAUGGAGCGCAAGAGGAAGGAAGAAUCCGGCCGGAUGUCCAUUGACAAACACUGGAGUGAGAAGAAAUUGGAGCAUAUGCGCGAACGGGACUGGCGCAUUUUCAAAGAGGAUUUCAAUAUCAGCACGAAAGGUGGCGGCAUCCCCAAUCCCAUGCGUAAUUGGAAAGAAUCUGGACUGCCGAGAAAGCUGUUGGAAAUCAUCGAUCAAGUAGGAUAUGUUGAUCCUUCGCCCAUCCAACGGGCCGCCAUCCCUAUCGCCCUUCAGAAUCGCGACCUCAUCGGUGUUGCAGUAACUGGUUCCGGCAAAACUGCAGCCUUCCUCCUCCCUCUACUCGUCUACAUUGCCGAACUUCCCCGCCUAGACGAAGACGACAUGCGCCGUAAUAACGGACCAUACGCCAUCAUCCUCGCGCCCACCCGUGAACUCGCCCAGCAAAUCGAAAUUGAAGCCAAGAAAUUUGCGACACCACUGGGUUUCACGGUUGUCUCGAUAGUAGGAGGUCACAGUAUCGAGGAACAAGCCUAUAAUCUACGCAACGGUGCAGAAAUCAUCAUCGCAACGCCAGGUCGUCUGGUGGAUUGUAUCGAUCGCCGCAUCAUCGUGCUGGAGCAAUGCUGCUACGUGAUCAUGGACGAAGCAGACCGCAUGAUCGAUCUUGGGUUUGAAGAGCCUGUGAACAAGAUCCUCGAUGCUUUGCCUGUAAGCAAUGAGAAGCCCGACAGUGAAGCCGCGGAAGACGGAAGAGCUAUGUCCCGCCAUCUGGGUGGAAAGGACCGGUACCGGCAGACAAUGAUGUACACAGCAACCAUGCCUGCCGCCGUCGAGAGGAUCGCACGGAAAUACCUGAGAAGGCCGGCCAUCGUGACGAUCGGCAAUGUGGGCGAAGCGGUCGAGACUGUCGAACAACGGGUGGAGUUCGUCGCUGGCGAGGAUAAACGCAAGAAGAGACUGAACGAGAUCCUCUCGAGUGGAGAAUUCCGUCCACCGAUCAUCGUCUUUGUGAAUAUCAAGAGAAACUGCGACGCUGUGGCCAGGGACAUCAAAUCCAUGGGAUUCAGCAGCGUCACACUGCACGGGUCCAAGACGCAGGAACAGCGUGAGGCAGCUCUCCAAUCAGUCCGGGACGGCAAGACCGACGUCCUCGUGGCGACCGACCUGGCAGGUCGUGGUAUCGACGUCCCCGACGUGAGUCUUGUAGUGAAUUUCAACAUGGCCACCAACAUUGAAUCCUACACCCACCGCAUCGGACGUACCGGACGAGCAGGCAAAUCCGGUGUGGCGAUCACGUUUUUGGGGAAUGAAGACAAUGAUGUGUUGUACGAUCUGAAGCAGAUGCUGAUGAAGAGCUCUAUUUCCAGAGUGCCCGAGGAAUUGAGGAAGCACGAAGCGGCGCAGCAGAAGAGAGCCGCUGGGUUGGCUGGGGGAGGCGAUAAGAUGAAUAAAGGCGGGAAAUCGGCGAGCGAUGAGAGUGGUGGGUUUGGGGGCAAAGGUCACCAGGGUGGUGGUGGGUGGUAG